UGCAAAUUGCAAGAUAUCUCUCUCUCUCUCUUUAAUCUCUCUCUCUCUCUCUCUCUAGCAAUCAUCCAUCUGUAAUAUCUGCUGCAUACACUAGGUUUGUAUGGAUGAUAUAACCAUGUGGGCAACAAGUCAAGUACUAAUUUGUAUAGUAGCGGUUUUUUUCUGAAAGUUGAUUGACCUGGGUCUCUCAACCUCUCAUCCUCAUCAACAAAAUUAAAUUAUUACUUAUAUAUAUAUAUAUACAUACACUGGUAGCUAGCUGCAAACUCCCACCACCCCAAACCCACACACAGAUAAAUCCACAUGGUGGAACCAAACAAUAACAACCACCAUCACCACCACCAGGUGGUGGAGAUAGCCGCCAUGGAGACGGAGGUGCACAGGGUGGCGCCUCCGCCUCGGCGGAGCACGCUGAACAAACUGAAGAGGCGUCUGAAGGAAACGUUCUUCCCAGACGACCCUCUCCGUCAGUUCAGCGGGCAGACGUGCAAAGUAAAACUCGUGCUCGCUUCGCAGUACAUAUUCCCGAUACUUGAAUGGGGUCCCAGAUACAAUCUCAAACUCCUCAAAUCUGAUAUCGUAUCCGGGCUCACCAUUGCCAGUCUCGCCAUACCUCAGGGCAUCAGCUAUGCCAAGCUGGCUAAUCUGCCUCCCAUCGUCGGCCUCUAUUCAAGCUUCGUGCCACCGCUAAUAUACGCUGUUCUUGGGAGCUCAAGGGAUCUGGCGGUGGGCCCGGUCUCGAUUGCGUCUCUGAUAAUGGGUUCGAUGCUCAGACAAGAAGUUUCACCUUCUAAAGAUCCAAUUUUGUUUCUGCAACUUGCUUUUUCUUCUACUUUCUUUGCUGGACUUUUUCAAUCUUCUUUGGGCUUUUUGAGGCUAGGAUUUAUAAUAGAUUUUCUGUCAAAGGCAACACUGAUUGGAUUCAUGGCGGGUGCUGCAAUAAUAGUAUCUCUACAGCAGCUAAAGAGCCUUCUUGGAAUAAAAAACUUCACUAAGAAAAUGGGAAUAGUUCCUGUUUUGAGCUCUGUUUUCCACAACACUGAUGAGUGGUCAUGGCAAACUAUACUGAUGGGAUUCUGCUUCCUACUUUUCCUUCUUUUCACUAGACAUAUUAGUAUGAGGAAACCGAAGCUGUUUUGGAUAUCAGCCGGUGCCCCUUUACUCUCUGUCAUCCUUUCGACUCUUCUCGUUUUUGCAUUCAAAGCUCAAAAUCACGGCAUCAGUGUAAUUGGGAAACUACAAGAAGGGUUGAAUCCUCCAUCGUGGAACAUGUUACAUUUUCACGAUAACUACUUGGGACUUGUAAUGAAAACCGGCCUCGUCACCGGCAUCAUUUCACUUACCGAAGGAAUCGCGGUUGGAAGAACUUUUGCUGCAUUGAAAAAUUACCAGGUCGAUGGAAAUAAGGAAAUGAUUGCGAUUGGUGUAAUGAACAUCGUCGGCUCGUCCACUUCUUGCUAUAUCACAACCGGUGCGUUUUCAAGGUCGGCGGUGAACCACAACGCGGGCUGCAAAACAGCGGUUUCGAACAUAAUAAUGGCGGUUACAGUAAUGGUGACACUUUUAUUUCUAAUGCCGUUGUUUCAGUACACGCCAAACGUUGUUUUGGGUGCGAUUAUUGUUACAGCUGUGAUCGGACUUAUCGACAUUCCUGCUGCAUGUCAAAUUUGGAAAAUCGACAAAUUCGAUUUCGUUGUGAUGCUAUGUGCAUUUUUGGGAGUGCUCUUUAUCUCCGUUCAAGAAGGCCUAGCUAUCGCGGUGGGAAUAUCUAUUUUCAAGAUUCUAAUGCAAGUGACUAGGCCUAAAACCGUAAUGAUGGGGAAUAUUCCCGGUACGGAUAUUUAUCGGGAUCUUCACCAUUACAAAGAUGCUGCGGCUGUGCCUGGAUUCGUGAUUCUCGGAAUCGAAGCUCCGAUUAACUUUGUCAAUACCACUUACCUUAAAGAAAGGAUUACGAGAUGGAUCGACGAUUCUGAAUCGGAGAAUGAUGGCGCUAAAAAGAAGUCUGGACUACUUAAGUUUGUGAUUCUUGAUUUGUCUGCUGUGAGUGCAAUUGAUACAAGUGGGGUUUCAUUCUUCAAAGACUUGAGGAUGGCAUUGGAGAAAAAGAACUUGGAGCUUGUAUUGGUUAAUCCAAUUGGGGAGGUGAUAGAGAAAUUGCAGCAAGGAGACGAAGCAAAAGAGUUGGCAAGACCAGAUGCAAUGUUCUUGACUGUUGGAGAAGCAGUAACUACCCUCCUCUCAACAAUUAAGACCCAUUCAUCUGCUUAUGUAUGAUGAUUUGAUGAGAGGUCUAAUAAUAUCAAUACUUGUUUUUUUUUUUUUU